AUGUCAUUAUAUGGAGAUUUACCACCACCUACUCACACUUCUGAAAAAGAAGAAACAACAGAACAACAAUCAACUUUAGAAACCACGCUACAAAAUGAUAAAACAACAACCAAACCAAGUAAAAAACCUGCUCUUCCAGAAGAAGAAAAAAAUUCUCCUGUCACAAAGCAAGCUACGACGUCAGAUGUCUAUAAUGAAUAUAAAACUGUUUCAAAUAUCAUGAGAAAUCAACAGGAAAUUAGGAAAAGGCACGAAAAAACAAUUGCCACCACCGAUAACUUUAAAAAAAGACAAAGAUCAAUAAGUCCUUCUUCCGAUCAUAGAAGAAGAUCAUCUCCUUAUUCUUAUCCACCUCCAUCAAAGCCGUUGUAUUCAUCACCAUCACCACCACAAUCGUCUUCCUCUAAGAAUAGCGAUGAACAUUCAGCUUCAAAAUCACCUGAAAUAAAGCCUACAAAUACAUCUGGUUCUGGUGAGCAUUUUGCCCAUAGAUUACUUGCAAAAUAUGGUUGGCAGGAAGGACAAGGUCUUGGAAAGAAUGAACAAGGAAUUAAUGUUCCAUUGAUGGUGAAAAAAACUGAUGUUCGAUCAGGAAUUAUAAUCAACAAUUCAUCAAAUAUUAAUAAUCCUGUUCAAGUAGGCAAUGAACUUAUCCAGAAGGCAAUCCAAAAUAUAGAGACACCUUCGAGAGUUAUUUUACUUAGAAACAUGGUUGGUCCUGGUCAAGUUGAUGAUACAUUGCAAGAAGAAACAGCAGAUGAAUGUAAUGAAAAAUAUGGGACAGUUGAACGUUGUCUUAUAUUUGAGGUUCCUAAUGGUAAAUUACCUGAUAAUCAGGCCGUAAGAAUAUUUGUAAAAUUUGUUGAUAAAGAAGCAGCAAUUAAAGCCAAAAAAGAUUUGAAUGGCAGAUUUUUUGGUGGUCGAUCAGUUUCUGCGAAAUAUUUUGAUGAAGCAAGAUUUGAUAAAUUAGAUCUUGCUCCCACUCCAGCAGAAUUAGAUAAUUGGUGA